CAAACAAGUACCGCUCCUAUAAGAUAAAUGAACGGCCAAGGUUUCGUUUCUCCAUUCUUCGAUACCAGGGUUUUGUUUUCUUUACUGACCCAAGCCUUGUAAACUAAAAACCCUAGUCACCAGUCAGGCACCGCUGCUGCUCUGAUUAAUGGGGGCUUACAAGUACGUUUCUGAGCUAUGGAGGAAGAAACAAUCAGAUGUGAUGAGGUUUUUGCAAAGGGUUAGGUGUUGGGAGUACCGCCAACAUCCUUCAAUUGUUCGUGUCACGCACCCCACACGCCCUGACAAGGCUCGCCGCUUGGGCUAUAAGGCCAAGCAGGGAUAUGUUGUUUAUCGUGUACGUGUUAGGCGAGGUGGUAGGAAGAGGCCUGUUCCCAAGGGUAUCGUAUAUGGUAAGCCCACAAACCAGGGUGUUACUCAACUCAAGUUUCAACGUAGCAAGAGGUCUGUGGCAGAGGAGCGUGCUGGCCGGAAAUUGGGGGGCCUCAGGGUUCUCAAUUCAUACUGGAUUAAUGAGGACUCUACUUAUAAGUACUUUGAGGUAAUCUUGGUUGAUGUUGCCCACAAUGCAAUCCGGAAUGACCCAAGAAUCAACUGGCUCUGCAACCCUGUGCACAAGCAUAGGGAGCUCCGUGGCCUUACCUCUGCCGGGAAGAAAUACAGGGGUCUACGUGGCAGGGGACACUUGCACCACAAAGCUCGACCUUCUCGGCGGGCAAACUGGAAGAGAAACAACACCCUCUCCCUUCGUCGAUACCGCUGAGUCCAGUGAUGUGGCUGUUUUGUGUUGUCAAGUAUUGGAUUUUUUGGAGGACAUUGUAGUCAUUGAGGUUAAAAUUUUGGAUAUUGGAAAUCUUGGAACGUGUUCUUCUAUUUGAAUUGGUGCAUUAGAAGUUACAAGCUGUGUUGUAUAUUUAAGCUGUGUAUAUGUAUGGUGUGUUUCUGUUCGACUCUUUCGAGAAAUUUCAUUGCACUCGAGACAAGGUGAUUUCUGAGGCA